AUGGAGAAGCCCACCCAAGCCUCGGCGGUACCCGAUCUCGAGGCCAGCCCAUCGCCCGAUAAGCCUCGUGAGUCGACGGUCACGCGACAAUGGAAACAAAUCCUGGACCCGUCCCAUGCGGACCUCGUGUGUCUGCUGUUGUGCUUCUUGACGGGACUGUGCGAUAGCAGCGCGUACAACGCCUGGUCCUGCUUCCUGGGCAUGCAAACCGGCAAUACCAUCUUCCUGGGCCUCGGAGCCUCCAACCAGCCCAGCAGCAAGCCGUGGGGCUGGCUCAAGUCCCUGGUCUCCAUCGCUGCCUUCUUCUCCGGUGCCAUGAUCUUCUCGGCCGUGACGCGCCGCGUGGGAGCCCUGCGCCGCGGCACCCUCUUCCUGUCCUUCCUCAUCCAGACCAUCCUGAUCAUCAUUGCCGUGGCCUUGAUCCAGGCCGACCUUAUUCCGCAUACCUCGACCGACAUGACUCUGGAUGGCGGCCCCCUUUUCCUCGAGCUGAUUCCGAUCGGCCUCUUGGCAUUCCAAUCGGCGGGCGGCAUGACCUGCAGCCGAUCGCUUGGGUACAACGAGAUCCCGACCGUGGUCUUGACCAGUGUGUACUUUGACAUUGCGUCCGACCCGAAGAUCACCGACAAGCCCACCACCAACGUCAAGCGCAAUCGCCGGAUCGGCGGCGUCGUCUCGCUGCUGAUCGGCGCCAUUGUCGGCGGAUGGCUGAGUCGCAGCAGUGGUGGCAUGGAGUCGGCAUUGUGGAUGGCCGCCGGCUUGAAGCUCGUUGCCGCCAUUGGCUGGUUGUUCUGGAAGGCUGCUGCGCCCAAAUAG